AUGAGCGCAGCAACGUGUAUUCUCGUUAUCGGAUAUAGCUUUGACGACACGCAUAUUGCACAAUAUGGUAACCCGGGAGUUAGCUAUAACGUCUUCUGGCACCGCCUUGUCCUCGUACUGAUCGGCUUCGCAGCUGCUCUCGUCGUCUAA